GAAAGCUCGGAGUGUUCGAGUCCUCGUCGCGGCCGGCGGUGUUUCCGACCGGUGAUUGCUUUCGCCAUGGGUUGGCGGCUGGGCAAGCCGGGAUGCGGACCUCACUGAGCGAAGGGCCCCGGACGAGGCCCGGAGCAGCGGCGGGGCCGCCAAGUGCUCCGCACCUGCUGCUGCCGCUCGUCGCAGUUGCGUGUUGCAUGUGCGCUGCGCCGGUGCGACUUGUGCUGCUUCGAAGACUCAGCCCAGAAUGACGAAGCUCCGCAUUCUGCAGCGGAUGUGUUGUGUCAACCUUCUUUGGUUCCUCAUGUUGCUCCUCUCGCCCGAAGAUUCCGUGCAAGGUCCUCACGAGCGCAGGCUUCUAUUCGAUCUGCUCUCCAAUUACAACACCCUGGAGAGGCCAGUUGCCAACGAAUCUGAACCUCUCCUCCUUAGCUUCGGCCUUACGCUUCAACAGAUCAUUGAUGUCGACGAAAAGAAUCAGAUAAUUACAUCAAACGUUUGGUUAAAUCUGGAUGAAAAGAACCAACUUUUAGUAACAAAUAUCUGGUUAACAUUGGACUGGGUCGACGUCAACCUUCGCUGGGACCCAAAACAGUACGGAGGCGUCAGAGAUCUGCGGAUACCGCCGAGCAAGAUCUGGAAACCAGACGUGCUGAUGUACAAUAGUGCGGACGAAAAGUUUGACGGAACGUAUCACACCAACGUGGUCGUCCGCAACAACGGUAGCUGCAACUACAUUCCUCCGGGAAUAUUCAAGAGUACGUGUAAGAUCGACAUCACCUGGUUUCCAUUUGACGACCAGAAGUGCGACCUGAAAUUUGGGUCGUGGACGUACGACGGUUCACAACUCGACUUACGACUCAACAGUGACGAAGGCGGAGACCUUUCUUCCUAUAUCCCUAAUGGCGAGUGGGACCUGAUAGCGGUGCCUGGCAUCCGGAACGAACGCACGUAUGCGUGCUGCCCGGAAUCCUAUGUUGAUAUCACCUACACCAUCCACAUCCGUCGGCGUACACUUUACUACGGAUUCAACCUCAUCAUCCCAUGCGUGCUCAUCUCCUCCAUGACUCUUCUGGGCUUCACGCUGCCCCCAGACACUGGAGAGAGGCUCACCCUUGGUGUCACCAUUCUUCUGUCCCUGACUGUAUUCAUGCUGCAGUUAGCCGAAACCAUGCCACCCACAUCUGACGCCGUGUCCAUUAUAGGAACAUAUUUUGCAUGUAUUAUGAUAAUGGUAGCCUUCUCUGUGGUGAUGACAGUGGUGGUACUCAACUAUCAUCAUAGGAACCAAGAAACCACUGAAAUGCCUGCUGUGAUCAAGACUGUCUUCCUGGUGUGGCUACCCUGGCUGUUGCGCAUGGAGCGGCAAGGUCAGAAGAUCACGCGCAGGAGAGUUUUACUCAACAGCAAGAUGAAAGAGCUGGAGCUCAAGGAGCGCUCGUCGCGCUCAUUGCUCGCAAACGUGCUCGACAUAGACGAUGACUUCCGGGCGGCCAACAGCAGCAGUGCCGUUCUGGGGACCAGCCACCGCCAUCAUCCAGACUGCCGUGCCCAUGGCCCGUACUCGGGCGACGCGGGACCCAUUCACGCUUGCCUGCCACCGUCGCAGCAGCGAGAACUCAACUCCAUUCUGCGCGAGCUCCGUUUUAUCACGAACCGAAUGCGAAAAGAUGAGGAAGUGAAAGAGAUUGUCAACGAGUGGAGGUUCGCUGCCAUGGUUGUCGACCGUGUGUGCCUCAUUCUCUUCUCGCUUUUCACGAUCGUCUCGACGUGCGCUUGCCUCUUCUCGGCGCCUCACCUUGUCGCGUAGCCGUUGGCUCCGGUCCUCCCGCUCGCCGCCAAUUGUGCCCUCUUAUGCCCGGAUGGAAGCCGUCUACUCUGCCGGGGAAGAUGGAUUCUUAUGAUAGGUGGGACAUGGAGUGGAACCGCGGACGGCAAAAUAGGCGGGAAAUUUCGCGAUAACGAAUGUUCGUCAGUGCGUGUGAGUAUGAGGGGGCGUGAAACCUGAAGGAGGUUGCUUGAUCUCGCAAGCAGCUCGCGGUGGAAACAUGCCGUGCAUGGCACAAUAGCACGAGGCUGAGGCUAUACCAUGUCAUGCCAGGCAUGUAAUCCAGUCUCAGGAUCUGAUCAAGAAGCGAAAUAUACAAAAACGUAUCGUGCGAAACACUGAAUACGUAUUGGUAUUCUGUUGCUUCUAAUUUAUAAACCUAAUCGAUCUAUUUUUUGGGGGCUGUGGCUAUGACUUCUUUAAAUGAGCAUAUUCAUUAGCACGAUUGUUUCAUCUAGUCAUCUUAAGUAAUACAUCUUUCUUUCUUUUUUCAGCAUUCUCAAUCCUCAUAAACAUUGUGUCGUGCAAGAGAACGUUACACUGAUUAUUUAAAAAUUAAUAACAGAUUCUAAGCAAAGACAAGUAACAAUCAAAAUUAUCUACAGAAGGUCCUAUUAAGGAAACUUCUGUUCUGCAACUUCCGAAAAGUGCUUCUGUUCUGGCAAGCUUUCCACCACCGGUGUCCCUCGCCAUUAGCCCACGUCCUCCGGCAGAGUAGACGAGCUGUGACCUUUGGUAGAUCAUUGUGAACGAAGUAUGGGGAGUGUGGUGUUGACUGGUGCGGGGUUUGCUCGUGAUACCAACGCGUUCAAGACCAUCACCUUCUCUUUCAGGGUAUCUUCCACCUGUAGUCAUUCCCAUCUUCUACCUCGUGUGUUCGGCUUCCUCUCGGUGUUUUGAAAACGCGAGAUUUUUUCUGAUCUAUUCAUCGUCUGCUAACAAUGUAACCUUUUCACGGGGUAACAAGAGAAUGUUUGACCUCCAGUGAGGCAGUGGUACACUCUGGGAAAAAGGAAGGGAAAAUGGGGAGUAUUUACAGUUUCUAGUCCCCCGGUUUGUACUUACUCCCCAUUUUAGACCCCUGACGCCGCAAUUUUCUUCACAGCGCUUUACAUGGUCCGUAAGGUACGCGUAAACUUCCAUGAAUUUAGUCCCAAAAGGGCCGGACUACUGGUUGUGGGAAUGCAUCUUCUCCUCAAAUGGACUAAGACCACUCCUUUUUUCCUCAGAGUGUACACUAUUGCGCAGAAGGGACGACAAUGAAGAUGAAAGCACAAUAGCGAUGCGUAAAGCGUAUUAUGUCCGAAAAAGCCUAUAAGAGAGAUGAUUGGCAACCUCACUGGCAACACACUUUUUUAAAAAAAUUAGAAACAGAUCUUCACCGCAUAGCACGCUCUGCACCAAACCAUUGCCA